GCCUCGUCUCCGUCCGCAGACGAUUCCACCUCAUCAUCACUUCUGCUGCCGUCUCGCCGCCUGCUCCUCGCCGCGAUGAUGGCAGAAGACCUUCCGCCCUUCCUUCGGCAGGCACUGAUAGGCCGUAUCGGCCCAACAAAACAGGAGGGCGCCAAUGCCUCAUCUUCCUCAUCGUCUCACUCUCCCACCCGCCAACCACCGCACAUCCUUGUUCCCCCUCUCAACUUUGCAAACGUCUCAGUCGGUAUCUCCCGGUCGGGUCACCCGAAUGAGCGCAAUUACGAAUUCUUGCGACGCCUUGAGCUCAAAACGGUCCUCUAUGUAGCCAACGAGGACUAUCGGCCGGGGAUGAGUGCAUUCUGUGAGCAGGAGGGGAUUAAGGUGCUUCACUGUCCCAUUUCGGUCAACAAGGAGCCUUUUGCGAUCAUGGAGGACGAGGAGGUUGCUAGGGCGCUGGAGUGCUUGUUAGAUAAGAGGAAUCAUCCAAUACUGUGAGCGCAUUGCUCUGCUCAAUAGAGAGAGCACACGCAUUUGACACGCCUUCCCCAUUCAACAGGGUUCAUUGCAACAAGGGCAAGUACCGAGUGGGCUGCAUCAUUGGCAUCCUGCGUAGAUUACAGGGCUGUGCGUAUGCCACAACCUAUCUCGACGAGCCGCGAGAAGCGUUGCUUAUUUCUUUGCCAUCCUAACAGGGAGCUACACGUCCACCUUCGAGGAGUUCGCCAGAUUCGCGGGAACAAAGGCCGUCGACGAAGAGUACAUCGAAGCCUUCGACCUCUCGCAAGUACGCAUAGACUCAGCCCAC